AUGGCAAGUUCUAAUGGAAACCCAGAGCUCUUGGGAAGCGCACACACAGACCAACUAAACCUUAGCACAAAGCAUGCCGAGGAUCUAACGUCAGCCGCCUUCCAGACAUCAACGCUGAGAGAAAAGAGACACAGUGACAGGCCAAAGGGGAGAAAGACACCUGCUGCAGGAAGAAGAGACGGAUGGGUAAAGGAGGUUGUCGGUUUGCAUAAUGAACAGUGUCCCCAGUUACCACUGCCGGCCAUCACUUUAAAAAGGCUGGUGGAUGUUGAGAUGAAGUUAGUGUUUGGUGACGAACAGAACAUUACCCACAAGUCCCCGGCCUCCACCUACUACCAAUUAAUGUGUCACAGCAGUGAAACAGCAGGCCCUCCGAGUGGAAAUAAUCUUGCUUCUCUGCCUCCAAUUGACAAACGGCUCGACGCUGCAUUACAAGAUGCCGACAGGUACUACAGACUAAAGAAAUAUGCCGCUGUAGCUAGUCGCUUCACCAUUGCCCUACAGGACUGCUCCAAAGGUGCUGUGCUUGGGAAACCUUUUAGUGCUGAUUAUGAAGACAUUUCCAAGGUUGUUGGCUUCAUCGUGUCCAGGCUCGUUGCCUGCUACCUGAGAAUGCAGAAGCCUGACUUGGCACUGCCACAUUCCCACAGGAGCAUCCACCUAAACCCCAUCCAUUUCCGGAGCCAUCUCCAACAGGCAAUGGUGUAUCGAUUGCUGGGUAACCCCUCCGGGGCAGUGAGGAGUGCCAUGAUUGCUGACUAUGUGCACUGGCUAUCUGGAGACGGCAAGCAGACUAUAAGCAAGCUCAUCAAACUGUAUUGGCAGCUUUCCGAGAGACAGGAUGUGAUGAAAAUUCUGGGAAAGUGGAGCUGCAUUUCCAGCACGUUAGAGGGAAUAGAGAAUACAGUAUGUGGCUCAGGGGCGCUUGAAGGGAUUCAGUAUGCUGACUGACUGUAUCAGCUGAGAAGAGAGCAGGAGCAAGCACAGGUGCUGGAGCACACUCUAGCGGAGUUAGCAUUAGCACCCUAUCUACAGGAAGUCGGUCCAUCUGACACCAGGCUUCUGCAGGCUCUAAUGGCAGACACCAUGGACACCCUUGAAGGCAAGCGGACUGAUCAGGAACGUGUGUGGAAUGCAAUGCAAAAGAGGCCUUGCAUUUUGGCUCAUGCUUUGACAGAUUCUGGCAGCUUUGAUGGGCAUUUUGACAACUCUCAAAUCAGAGACAUGGCCUCCGGACCAGCUCUGAAAAGGCUUUGGCCAGAGCCUUGUGAAGCUCCGCCUUCUGUGGAAGUGACUGAGGACUUGAUCUAUCAGUGGGAGAAUUCUUACUUGAAGAGUCAGGUUCACCAGACUGUCAGAAAACAAUAA